AUGUCAAAGUCUUCGGGAAAUCAAAAAGUGAUUCUCGAAAAUGCUAUUAAAAUCUUUGAACAAAAGAUCAAUGAAUUGUCGAAUGUUCUGAAACCCAACGGAAUCGCUGCCAACUCAAGAGUGACCCGCAGUUUGUUUAGUGGUUUUGGAGACAAAGCUAGUCAUUUGGUUCGCCAACUGGAAGAACAACUAUUGGAACAGUUGAAGAAAGAUGACAAACAACUGAAAGAACAAAUGUCAAAGUCUUCGGGAAAUCAAAAAGUGAUUCUCGAAAAUGCUAUUAAAAUCUUUGAACAAAAGAUCAAUGAAUUGUCGAAUGUUCUGAAACCCAACGGAAUCGCUGCCAACUCAAGAGUGACCCGCAGUUUGUUUAGUGGUUUUGGAGACAAAGCUAGUCAUUUGGUUCGCCAACUGGAAGAACAACUAUUGGAACAGUUGAAGAAAGAUGACAAACAACUGAAAGAACAAAUGUCAAAGUCUUCGGGAAAUCAAAAAGUGAUUCUCGAAAAUGCUAUUAAAAUCUUUGAACAAAAGAUCAAUGAAUUGUCGAAUGUUCUGAAACCCAACGGAAUCGCUGCCAACUCAAGAGUGACCCGCAGUUUGUUUAGUGGUUUUGGAGACAAAGCUAGUCAUUUGGUUCGCCAACUGGAAGAACAACUAUUGGAACAGUUGAAGAAAGAUGACAAACAACUGAAAGAACAAAUGUCAAAGUCUUCGGGAAAUCAAAAAGUGAUUCUCGAAAAUGCUAUUAAAAUCUUUGAACAAAAGAUCAAUGAAUUGUCGAAUGUUCUGAAACCCAACGGAAUCGCUGCCAACUCAAGAGUGACCCGCAGUUUGUUUAGUGGUUUUGGAGACAAAGCUAGUCAUUUGGUUCGCCAACUGGAAGAACAACUAUUGGAACAGUUGAAGAAAGAUGACAAACAACUGAAAGAACAAAUGUCAAAGUCUUCGGGAAAUCAAAAAGUGAUUCUCGAAAAUGCUAUUAAAAUCUUUGAACAAAAGAUCAAUGAAUUGUCGAAUGUUCUGAAACCCAACGGAAUCGCUGCCAACUCAAGAGUGACCCGCAGUUUGUUUAGUGGUUUUGGAGACAAAGCUAGUCAUUUGGUUCGCCAACUGGAAGAACAACUAUUGGAACAGUUGAAGAAAGAUGACAAACAACUGAAAGAACAAAUGUCAAAGUCUUCGGGAAAUCAAAAAGUGAUUCUCGAAAAUGCUAUUAAAAUCUUUGAACAAAAGAUCAAUGAAUUGUCRAAUGUUUUGAAACCCAACGGAAUCGCUGCCAACUCAAGAGUGACCCGCAGUUUGUUCAGCGGUUUUGGAGACAAAGCUAGUCAUUUGGUUCGCCAACUGGAAGAACAACUAUUGGAACAGUUGAAGAAAGAUGACAAACAACUGAAGGAACAAAUGUCAAAGUCUUCAGGAAAMCAGAAAGAGAUUCUCGAAAAUGCUAUUAAAAUCUUUGAACAAAAGAUCAAUGAAUUGUCGAAUGUUCUGAAACCUAACGGAAUCGAUGCCAACGCCAGUCAUUAA